AAUAAAUAACUCCAACUACACAGUAUCCAAACCAGAAGGAACAGUUGUCCAAAGAGACAGGAAUCGAAGUUUGAAAAAGAGAAAAAAUCCCAACAAAAGUACAGAGCAACUCCAAUGUGCUGCCAAUGUAGAGCGGUGCAAUUCUAGAGAGAAAAAACACAUGCAAACAUUUCCCACAGGGAGAACAGAACAUUCAGUCCGUUACAGUAUUAUGUUUUCAGGCUUGAUGUUUAUUAAAGCCAUUAUAGUUAAAUGAUCUGUGCAGAUUAGCUACCGCUGUUGAAGCUAAUCUAACACAGCGGUGGUUGAUUAGCUAAUUUAAACCCCUGCUCUACUGAAGAUGUGUCAGUUGGUGUAUAAGUUUUUUUUUUAAUGGAACCGAAACACAGAAAUCCACAUUACAUUUAAAUGUUAAAGUAGUUGGAGUUAAAUAACUGAACUGCUUGCACCGCCUCACAAUUUUUUUUUUAAGUAAAACUUUUUCCUGACCUUUAUUUAGUUGUCGUAGUGUUGACAAUUAGUAGUAAAGCAUGGCAUCCCUUUUCCUUUUAUGUUUUAGGUGUAUAUUUAAGCUUAAGAAUGUUAUAUUGACAACUAAAACCAAUGGUAGUCAUCGUUGCUGAGCAGCUUUUUGCUCCCUAACUGGGAGAAGGGGAAAGGAUCUUGCGCUCAUGACGCCAUGCUGCAGUGGGUCUAUAUGUUUUUCUGACUUGUUGAAUAAUUUGCUCUCUUUCAGAUCCCGGUCCUACAGCCGUUCUCCAUUCAGCCGCUCUCCAUUCAGUCGCUCCCCAUAUUCCCGCUCCAGAUCUAGAUCCAGGUCUUACUCUUUUUCUCCCAGUCGGUCCCGUUCUCGCUCUCAUGGCCGAUCCUACCCCCGCUCCCCUUACUCCAGACGGAAUGGACGGAGUUAUGGACGUUCAAGGACAAGGUCCCGCUCUCGCUCGAGGUCUUAUGGCUACCGGCGCUCCGGCUCACCACGUUCUCCUCUUUAUCGAGCUGGAGGCUGGGAUGGAGCGGAAGGCCCCAGAGUCUACCGGUCUCGAACACGGUCACGCUCCCCCGGCGGCUAUCGGAGCCGCAGCCCCGGUGGAAGAAAGCCCCCUCCUCGGGAGUUACUAGCAUACGAGCUAAAGGGACACAGUCCUGCUAGUCACGACCGCUGGGACAGAGAACGGUACAGACAGUGGGAGAAGGAGUAUGCAGACUGGUACAACAAAUAUUACAAAGACUUUGACAACCAACACCCCCCUCUGCAUCAUCGAGGUCAUGGCAGCAGAGACAGAGAGCGGGAAAAAAUAUCUGUGUCAUCCAGAGAUUAUUCUCCCCAGGGAAGAGGAAGACGAGGCAAAGAGGAGAGGUGUGGGUUACCUCACAACCCCCCAUCAUCUUCUUCAUCAGGAGCCAAGUCCAGCACUAAAAUCCUGAAGUCAAAGAAAAUCAAAAAGAAGAGGCCUGGAGAGGAAGCAGAGCAGCAGCAGCCUGUAGACAGAGGUGACGCUACGCCUGUUAGAGAUGAGCCAAUGGAUGAAAUAUCCAACUCUAAGACUCCUCCUAUCUCUUCAAGGCCCCUCCUUACAGGUGGUACUGUGAUGCCUAAAGGUACAUCUUCCAAAGGCCCAAUUGCUUCGGCUAAACCAGCUGCCAAGUCAGCAUCAAAGACCCAGACUGACAAAACAAAGAAGGACAAGGGUCCCAAAGUGAAAGCUAAAGUUAAAGUGCAGGUUGUCAAGGCAAAGAGUGAGAAGGUCAAGAAAAAGCCUGGAGAAGGAGUGGUGACUACAAAGAAGGACACUUCAAUCUCCUCAUCUGCUGUCAAACUGGGUAAGACUGCCAAGACCAAGCCGGAUGAUGCUUCCGUCUCAGCUGCACCUAAGAAAGAGAAGUCUAAAAGCUUUGCAGUGAAACCUGUUGUGAAGACCCUUCCCAUAGCCUCCCAGAAUCAGUCUCUACCUCAUCACUCCCUCCAAGAAAACCCCCGGUCCGGCCAUGAUUCACAGACCAGGAGAGAUCCCAAGAGCGCCGCUCUCCUCCUCCCUGGGCACAGACCUCCACUGCUCCUACGGCCUCCAUCCCCAGUAGAGAGUCGGAGGAGGAUGGGGGAUGACUGUCGCUCUUUACUUGGACCCCCUGACAAGCUGAGGAGAAUAGAUGGAGGCGGUCCAGUUCCCCACGCACAUGUACAUGCAAACCCCUUUCACAGAGUCCCACCCCCAUCUGACAGGCAGAGUCAGAGUUUAAUUCCUCUGUCAGGGACCAGAGAACUGGGUCGAACAGAUGCAGACCGAGGACCUCUGCUGGACAGUCCGAAGCCAGUGAGGAAGAUCAAGCUGAACAGAGAUCUGGGGAGAAGAGGCAGCAGUGAGGCAGCACCUUCAGACAGAUCCCAGUCCGGUACUGAGAAAUCCUCCUCUGGCUCGGAUCGAUCUGCUGCUCUUCACGGCUUGGAAGGAGACAGACACAGAAGUACAUCAGAGGGAGCCGGAAGGAAGGAGACAUCAGCAUCUGUGGAUAAAGGAGCUUCCAGAGAGCGACCCAGCAGCGCCGGAGACAGACAACGAGGCUCAGACAGGGAGCAGGACAGGGAGCGGGACAGAGAGCGGGACAGGCCGCCUGCUUCAGACAGAGACAAAGAGUCAGGCUCCAACAGGGACAGGGACAGACCGAGAGCAUCUGAGGACAGAGAUGAGGAGGGAGAGAAGGAGGUGAAGACAGAGAGAAAACCCCCCAGCAGUGGAAGUGGAGCAGCUCGUUCUGUCUCUGUGGAUAAAAUGACAAUCGGAGAGAAAUCUGCUUUUUGCAAAAAACUGGCAGAUCAGGAGAAACCAAGUGGUUCUUGUAAGGAGAGGACGGAAGGUGCAGAGAGGGCUGCUAAACCUGACAGGAGCCGGUCCAAAGACAGAACAGAGAGGAGUGGCCUCUCUGGAGACAAACCAGCUGUUACUCAAAGAGAAGUGAUCAAAGAAGACCAGGAGACGGCUGUGAAAAGCAAACCCAGGAUCAGUCGGAAGGCUCUGCCGAGCCAUGUGUCUUCCUCCACCAGGUCGGCUCCAGAGAGAAAGCUCGAAUCAAACAGAGAACAGAAGAAGAGUGUAACGUCUAAAGCUGCUGAGCUUCCUCCAGCCAGCCCUGUGAGGGGCCGCCAUCACAGCCCACCGCCCAGCCCAGCGCAGGAGCUGCCACUCAUCCAGCCACCGCCGCGCUCCAAGUGGGAGAGAGACGACGACGACGACGGACAGGAAGACGAUCCCAGCCCACCGACCAAGGACCCUUCACCACUGGCAGAGAAAGGCCGAGGCAGAGAGGGACACCAUGACGCAGCCAAGUCUGUUAGAGCUGAAGCCCAGGAGGCUGUGAAGGAGGAGAAGAAGGGAGCAGUCAGGGAGGAGAAGAAAGGGAAGACACAGAAGGACGAGGGGAAGGCUGGCAGGACUACACAGAAAGAUUCAGACAAACCACACAGAGCAAAAUUUGUGAGGGAGGAGAGCAGAGGAACCAAAGAGGAGAGAAAAUCUUCAGCUAAGGAGGAGGAGAAGAAAUGUGGAGGAAGAGAGGAGGGGAGAGGAGGAGCAGGGAAGGAGGACAGAGCUGCUGGAGGAGGACGGGAGGACAGCCGGAACCCGGAGCCCAGGAGACAGCGUCUCUGCUCAGACCUGACCCGCGAAACAGACGAGGCGUCCUUUGUCCCAGACUACAGCGAGGGGGAGGGUUCGGAGCCAGAGAGGGGGCGGAGCGGCAGCCCCACCCCGUCCCCCACCCGGCCCUCCUCGUCACUUAGCAACCACAGCGACUCGGCCACCACCGCCGACAAGAAGAAGAAGAAACACAAGAAGCACAAAAAACACAAGAAGCACAAAAAGCACAGCAGCCAGGACAAAGACAAGGAGCCCAAGCAACACAAGAGCAAACAGAAGAAGAAGAAACACAAAAAGAGCAAAGACAGGGAGGUGGAGGAGAAACAGGAGGAGGAAGCUCCAUGCUAACACCUUUUCUACACUCAUCCCAGUAAUGUUUGUAAAGGAAAAACAUUCAGUUCCACUAUAAGUUAAUUUUGUGGAGAAGUGUUUCAGGAAGAACUGACACUUUCUACUGGAUCGCUCCAAACACAAGCGUUGUCUGUAGUUGCCCUUGACAACACUGCAUCAGGAUGGCUGUUGGGGUCUCUGCUAUUUAUAUGAACCAGUCAGUGAGCAGAAGGAACAUGUUGACCACAGCAGUGGGUGCAAAUGAUAGGAAUAAUAGCCACUGUUCUCAGGGAUGAGACUGCUGCUCCGCCGGAUUCGGUUGGUCUGUACAGAGAUUUGCUUUGCAUCAGUUCUCCGUUCUUUUGGCUUUUCAAGCAAACUGUCAUUGCUUUAUUUGCAUUUAUUUCCAGAAGACUCUGCUAGGAGUUUUGCAUGUUUUAGCACAGUUAUUUGAGAAUUAUAAUUCUCACCUUAAAUUUUUUUUUUCGUUUAUACGGGAGUUCAUGUUUUAUCAAAGAACGAAUCUACAUGAAACACCUUUUCCAUCCAAUUUAAUCAAAAGAAAAUAAGUUGCCACAAGGAAAUGUAAAUAAUAAUAAUAGAAAAACUAAAAAAAAGUCCUGUGGAAGUAAAACAUUAUUUAGCUUAAACUUACAAAAUUUCUGGUAUUAAUGUGAAAGCUGAUGGUUGUGUAUUCAAACCACACUGGACUGUGUAAAUCAAGGAUGUUUAUUUAAUGAUGAAUAAGUUGUGAAGUUUUUUGUUUCUAAGGUACAGUUGCUACAGCAGAGAAUGUUUAUGUGGAUGAACUGGUGUGAAAAUGAGGAUAACUGUUCUUUCAAAUAACAUGUUUCAGUUUUAAUAAAAAAGUUUUGAAAUCAAA